CUGAUCCUGGCGCGCGUCUAAAAAUAAUCAACGUUUCUCUCCCCGGUCAGCUCACACCUCCGAAGCUUUUUCUCCUUUGUUUUGCAAGCUUUUUUAAAAAAAAUAUAUAUCAUUUUCAAAUUUGUCCGUGAGGAUUACGGGAUCGCGCUCAUCUUGUUGAGGCGGAGGCAAAGCGGCGCCAUGGCCUUGUCGUUUUGCGGCAACGACAAGAGCAAGAGCGGCUACAACGUGGACGACGGCGUGCUGAACAACGGCUGCUUCGUGGACGCCCUCAACCUGGUGCCUCAUGUCUUCUUGCUCUUCAUCACCUUCCCCAUCCUCUUCAUCGGAUGGGGCAGCCAGAGCUCCAAGGUGCAAAUCCAUCACAACACGUGGCUUCACUUCCCGGGACACAACCUGAGGUGGAUCCUCACCUUCUCGCUGCUCUUCGUUCACGUCUGCGAGUUUGCCGAGGGCGUGGUGUCCAACAAGAUGAUGGACACCAACCACCUGCACCUGUUCGUGCCCGCCUUCAUGGGCUUCGUGGCGGCCACCACGUCGGUGGUCUACUACCACAACAUCGAGACCUCCAACUUCCCCAAACUUCUCCUCGUGCUGUUCAUCUACUGGGUGCUGGCCUUCAUCACCAAGUCCAUCAAGCUGUGGAAGUUCGUGGCGUACAAGGUGGGCACACCACAGCUGAGGUUCUGCAUCACGUUGCUGCUGGUGCUGCUCUACGGCCUCCUCAUGGCCGUCGAGAUCAACGUGAUCAGGAUCAGGAAGUACGUCUUCUUCGCCAACCCUCAGAAGGUGAAGCCCCCCGAAGACUUGCAGGACCUGGGGGUCCGUUUCCUGCAGCCCUUCGUCAACCUGCUGUCAAAGGCGACGUAUUGGUGGAUGAACCCCCUCAUCAUCGGCGCCCACAAGAGGCCCAUCGAGCUGAAGAAGAUCGGCAAGCUGCCCAUCGCCAUGCGGGCUCUGACCAACUACCUGCGGCUCAAAGACGCCUACGAGGACCAGCGGACGGCCGAGAACCCGGAGCGAGCGCCGUCCAUCUGGCGCUCCAUGUACCGUGCGUUCGGGCGGCCGAUCCUGCUCAGCAGCACCUUCCGCUACCUGGCCGACCUGCUGGGCUUCGCCGGGCCGCUGUGCAUCUCGGGCAUCGUCAAGAACCUGACGCAGGAGGAAGGCGGCGCCGCCGCUUCCGACAAGAUUAGGGAGAGGUACUUCGGCGUCCACUUCAUGCUGUCCACCGAGCUGCUCCAGAACCCGUCGGUUCUGGCCGUGCUGCUCUUCCUGGCGCUGGUGCUGCAGAGGACCUUCCUGCAGGCAUCCUACUACGUCACCAUAGAAACGGGCAUCAACCUGCGGGGAGCCCUGUUGGCCAUGAUUUACAACAAGAUCCUGCGUCUGUCCACGUCCAACAUGUCCAUGGGCGAGAUGACGCUGGGCCAGAUCAACAACCUGGUCGCCAUAGAGACCAAUCAGCUCAUGUGGUUCCUCUUCCUGUGCCCUAAUCUGUGGGCGAUGCCUGUGCAGAUCGUGAUGGGAGUCAUUCUCCUGUACUACUUGCUGGACUGGAGCGCAUUAGUCGGAGCUUCCGUCAUCGUUCUUCUGGCUCCGGUCCAGUACCUCAUUGCCACCAAGCUGGCCGACAUGCAGAAGAGCACGCUGGAGCACUCCACCGAUCGCCUGAAGAAGACCUCGGAGAUCCUGAAGGGCAUCAAGCUGCUGAAGCUGUACGCGUGGGAGAACAUUUUCUGUGACAGCGUGGAGGAGACGCGAGGCAAAGAGCUGACCAGCCUCAAGACCUUUGCCUUCUACACAUCCAUGUCAAUCUUCAUGAACGCCGCCAUUCCCAUCGCUGCUGUCCUGGCGACCUUCGUCAUGCAUUACUUCAUCACCAACACCGGUCCGAGCCCCGAGGAGGCCUUCGCCACACUGGCGCUCUUCAACAUCCUGGUCACGCCGCUCUUCCUGCUCUCCACCGUCGUCAGGUUCGCCGUCAAGGCACUCGUCAGUGUCCAGAAGCUGGGCGAGUUCCUCCAGAGCGACGAGAUCGGAGACGACACCUGGAGGAACGGAGACAUGUCCGUUCCCUCGGAGGCGGCCAAGAAACACCCUGCAGCGACCAAAGCCAUCAACAGGAAGCAGCCUCUGCGCUACCAGAUGGACAACUACGAGCAGCCGUCCAGGCGGCAGAUGAGACCCAGUGAGACGGAGGAUGUGGCUGUCAAGGUGAGCAACGGAUGCUUCACCUGGGGAAGCAACCUGUCCACGCUGACCGAUAUCAACAUCCGCAUCCCGACAGGCCAGCUGACCAUGAUCGUGGGCCAGGUGGGCUGCGGGAAGUCAUCGCUGCUGCUGGCCAUGCUGGGCGAGAUGCAGAGCAUCAGCGGCCGCGUCCACUGGAGCAAGCCGCCUGAUGGCGAGAUGUUCUACCAGGGCACGUUCAGCUACCCGGAAGCGGCUCAGGACGAGGCCGGCGACCGCGCCGCAAGCAAGAACAGGUAUUCGGUGGCCUACGCGACCCAGAAGUCCUGGCUGCUCAACGCCACCGUGGAGGACAACAUCACCUUCGGGAGCCCCUUCAACAAGCAAAGGUACAAGGCGGUCAUCGACGCCUGCUCUCUCCAACUGGACAUCGACCUGCUCCCCUUCGGAGACCAAACGGAGAUCGGAGAGCGAGGCAUCAACCUGAGCGGCGGGCAGCGUCAGAGGAUCUGCGUGGCUCGAGCGCUCUACCAGAACACCAACAUCGUCUUCCUGGACGACCCCUUCUCCGCACUGGACAUCCACCUGAGCGACCACCUGAUGCAGGACGGCAUCCUCAAGUUCCUGCAGGACGACAAGCGGACCGUGGUUCUGGUCACCCACAAGCUGCAGUACCUCAUCCAUGCCGACUGGAUCAUCGCCAUGAAGGACGGCUCCGUGCUGAGGGAAGGAACUUUGAAGGACAUCCAGACGCACGACGUGGAGCUCUACGACCACUGGAAGACGCUCAUGAACCGGCAGGACCAGGAGUUGGAGAAGGACAUGGAGCAGGACAGCCAAACCACGCUGGAGAGGAAGACCCUCCGCCGAGCCUUCUACUCUAGAGAAGCCAAGAACCAGGCGGAUGAUGAGGACGAAGAGGAGGAAGAAGAGGAGGAAGAGGAGGAUAACUUGUCCACCAUCACAAACAGAAGGUCCAAGGUCCCGUGGAAGGUCUGUUUGUGCUACCUAUCCUCCGGUGGCUUCUUCAUGGUCUUCCUCAUGAUGUCCUCCAAGCUCCUCAAGCACUCGGUCAUCGUGGCCAUCGACUAUUGGUUGGCCAUCUGGACCUCCAACCACACCAACCAGACCAUGGUGGUGGGACCCAACGGAACAUGCCAGACCCACGUCGUCAGCAGCAACACCACGCUCACCGGCAGCGUCAAACUGGAGGACUCCUUCUACCUGACGGUGUUCAUGAUUCUGUGCGCGGCUGGGAUCACACUGUGCCUCAUCACCUCGCUCACUGUGGAGUUCCUCGGUCUCUCUGCUGCCACCAACCUUCACCACAACCUGCUCAACAAGAUCAUCCACGCUCCUCUCAGGUUUUUUGACAUCACCCCCCUGGGGCAGAUCCUCAACAGAUUCUCAGCUGAUACAAACAUCAUCGACCAACACAUUCCGCCUACCUUGGAGUCUUUGACGCGUUCCACCUUGCUUUGCUUGUCUGCCAUCGGGGUUAUUUCCUCUAUCACGCACACCUUCAUCAUUGCACUGGUCCCCCUGGCUGUGGCCUUCUACUUCAUACAGAAGUACUUCCGGGUGGCAUCCAAAGACCUUCAGGACCUAGAUGACUCCACACAACUCCCACUGCUGUGUCACUUCUCCGAGACGGCUGAAGGUCUCACCACCAUCAGAGCCUUUAGACACGAGGCUCGCUUCAAGCAGCGCAUGCUGGAGCUGACCGACACAAACAACACGGCCUACUUGUUCCUCUCGGCCGCCAACCGCUGGCUGGAGGUCCGCACGGACUACCUGGGCGCCGUCAUCGUGCUGGCUGCGGCCGGGGCGUCCAUUUGGGGUUUGGAUUGCGGUCAACCAUCCGGAGGUGAGGUGGGCCUGGCUCUCACUUAUGCCCUCACGGUCACCAACUACUUGAACUGGGUGGUGAGGAACCUGGCUGACUUGGAGGUGCAGAUGGCGGCGGUGAAAAAAGUCAACAGCUUCCUGAGUACUGAGUCUGAAAACUACGAAGGAUCCAUGGAUUCUUCUCAGGUGCCAGAGACGUGGCCUCAAGACGGAGAGAUCAAGAUCCAAGACCUGUGCGUGCGCUACGACGCUCUGCUCAAACCCGUGCUCAAGCACGUCAACGCCUACAUCCAGCCGGGCCAGAAGGUGGGAAUCUGCGGCCGCACGGGAAGCGGCAAGUCCUCGCUGUCCUUGGCCUUCUUCAACAUGGUGGACAUUUUUGAAGGAAAGAUCGUCAUAGACGGGAUUGACAUCUGCAAACUUCCCCUGCAGACGCUCCGGUCUCGCCUGUCCAUCAUCCUGCAGGACCCCAUCUUGUUUAGUGGCUCCAUAAGGUUCAAUCUGGAUCCGGAGCGGACGUGCAACGACGAGCGCCUGUGGGAGGCGCUGGAGAUCGCGCAGCUGAAGAACAUGGUCAAGGCGUUACCGGGAGGUCUCGAUGCGGUGGUGACGGAAGGCGCCGAGAACUUCAGCGUGGGUCAGCGGCAGCUCUUCUGUUUGGCUCGGGCGUUUGUGCGGAAGAGCAGCAUCCUCAUCAUGGACGAGGCCACCGCCUCCAUUGACAUGGCAACGGAGAACAUCUUACAGAAAGUUGUGAUGACGGCGUUUGCGGACCGAACAGUGGUCACCAUCGCACACCGCGUGCACACCAUCCUCACGGCCGACCAGGUCAUCGUCAUGAAGCGCGGCAACAUCCUGGAGUACGGCAAGCCCGAGACGCUUCUGGAGCAGGAGGACGGCAUGUUCGCGUCCUUCGUCAAGGCCGACAUGUAGACGGACGGACGGACGCUGGCCGUGGAAGCGGGAAGACGGCGAAAGAAGAAAUGCAAGAAAUCUACAAACUGUGCCAUAUCUUUCAUAAGCUUACGUGGAUGGAUACCUUUGAUGACAUUUGUUUGAUAUCUAAGAUUUCUUUUUUUUGGGGGCCAGUGAUAUUGUUUGAAAGACAUUUCAUUUCCAUAUUACCUUAACAAAGUCAUGUAAUUUGUAUUUAUUUUGAUUGUAAAAACUGAUGAGAAUGUCCAAAUCUAAAAAAAAAACAACAACAAAAAAUCCACCAAUUGGCGAAUCUGCGGGAGUUUAGUGCUCCGAAAAGACUUUGCGCUACGCAUUGAAGCGCCGUUAAUCCGAGGAAUAGAAAAGUCCAUUUUUCAGCCGGUCCCUCGAUGAUCGUGUUCGCUAUGUCUGAAUUUCCACCGGGUUUUAUUUUCUCAUCAAACAUCUUCUUGUCGACUGACAUUCAAACGAAGGAGCUUUCUCGUCGGCGAGGCUUUGUCGACUCGUGACGACAUCGGAAAAGCGUCGCCUUUUGCCACCCGCAAGUACGUUGGAACGUUCACAAGAUGACUUUGGAAAAUAAAUGCUUUUACCUUC